AGAUUCCCAGAAAGAAGAAUACGAUUUGUUAAUGGACACAGGGUACCAUUAUCCGUUACUACCUGUUAAUGGUAACAAAACUGGCCAAACUUCUGUGAAAGAGGCGGCGCUCUAUUUUUAUCUUGAAGAUGGAAGACAUCACCAACUUAUAGUAGAGGAGGGGUUGCGGGCAACUGACCUUUGCAAUUUACUAACUCUAAAGUUUAGUGUUGCUCGCUCCCAUGCAUGGACAAUCGUGGAACAGUUCAGGGACCUUGGAAUUGAGAGAAUUUUGGAAGAUCAUGAAGAGGUCCUUCAGAUGUAUACAGCAUCCUGCAAUCUUAGCUCUCGAGACAAGAGGUUUAUCUUAAGACAGGACAUCCGCAAAUAUCAGUUUUUCCAGAACCCAGAGAACUUUUAUCCAUUGGAACUAGUGGACUUUGAAUCGCAGCAGGACUGCCUAGCAGAGUCCACAGCUCUUUCCAAGAUAAUCACUAUUCAGAAUAUGCUUCAUUCAGGGAACACUAUGCCAGUUGUGCAGAACUUUCUUUGGUUCAAAGAUUCCACCAAAAGUUCUUGGAGAAAGUAUUUCUUUAGAAUUGAAGAAAGCAUUUUGAGUUUUUCCUUCUUUCCUGAGAAGAAGGAACAGAAGAUGCAUACACUCUUAGAUGUACAAUGCUGUGAUAUUUUUAUGCCAAUUGAUGGAAAGUGUACUGGAGCUCCAACUAAUUUCACUUUUUGUGUCAAGCUGAGAUCAAAUCUUGAAGGAUCAUUUGCUGAUCUGAAGUGGUUUUGUUCUGCUACUGAAAAAGAGAGAAAAUGCUGGAUUGUGGCCUUACGAUUAGCAAAAUUUGGGAAAAAGCUACGAGAAAAUUAUAGAGAAGCCAAAUCAAGAAGCAACAGUGUUGACAAUUCAUCUUUAUGCUUAAACAAAGGAGAACACCAUGAUACGACUUUAGAUUCUCUUUCAUGUAAUAAAGUUCAAGUAGCAAUGGAUUUCACAGGGAAGUCUGGCAGGAUGGUACAAAAUCCAGUAGAAGUCAAAGCAAUAGCUGCAAUAGAAGCACAGAACAGAAAGAAAAAAGUCUCAACUUUUCGAGCUCUACACUCGCCAGUUCAACCAACCUUUGAGUUUGGGGUCCACACGCUUCAGCCAUGGUUUUAUGGUGGCAUGACGAGAGAGGAAGCAACUCAGCUGUUAACAAAAUAUGUAACAGUAGAUGGGGUAUUCCUGGUGAGAGAAAGCCACCGAAAUCCAGAUAGCUUUGUCUUGUCCUACGUCUACAAUCAGAAAAUACUACAUACCCAAAUCUAUCCAAUGGAAGAGAAAAACCAGUUGUGUUUUACUCUUGAUGGUGGAAAAACCAAGUUUUAUGAUCUACUACAGUUGGUUGAGUUCUACCAGCUCAACUUAGGUUACUUGCCGACAAAACUUACGCAUUUCUUUGUUCAUCAGCCAAGAAGAAGAGAAUCUCCACCUUGAAAUUUAUAAGUGUGGCUUUUCUGUGCAUGUGUGAUAGUUUGUUAAAGUGAGGGAAAUUGAAAACACUGUGAUUAAAAGAAUCAUAUCUUCAUAUUACACAUCGUCCAUUAAUUCAGCAAGUUUUGGCUUCCUUAAUAAAGGUGUAUUUGUUGUAAAGCAUUUGGUUGGGUGUAGAUUAUGCCAUCUGUGGAUCAUUUGUGCAUACAUACUCGCAUCCUCAGCAUAGGAAGCUAUAUUUAAAGUCAAUAAUUUAUAGUAUGAAUUAUUUAUUGAUUUCUUUUUCCAAGAAGACAGUUUUAGUUGUUUUUCUUUUUAAGAUCCAACAAAUAAUAUUGUAAACGAGGGUCAAACAUAUUUAUGAAACACCAGAUCUCCUUUAUUGCUACUCCACUAUUAGUAACUCAUUUUAUCAGCUGACGAGUAUUUUUCCUUAGAACAAUGAAUUGUGAAUACAGUAAAAUAAUCAUCACAAGAAGUAAAUACUAAGUUAUUAGACAAGUAUCUCUUUGAAGAUAGUGCUAACUUUGAUUUUUCAAGAUCUGAAAUUGUUAGUUUUAUUAUAUUUAAAAAAUAUGCUGUUAUAUUAAAACUAUAUUGAAUCUAUAUGCUGUCGUCUUUUUAAGAUUUUCCUGUUAAGUAUUCUUUAACAAAGCUCUUUUUUGUUUAAAUAUUGUUUGACAAAUAGUAUGUUAAAAUGCUUUUUCCACUUGUACUGUCUCCCAGUGGCACAGCGGUAUGUCUGCGGACUUACAACGCUAGAAACCGGGUUUCGAUACCCGUGGUGGGCAGAGCACAGAUAGCCCUUGUGUAGCUUUGUGCAUACUUAAAAACAAACAAACAAACCACUUGUACUUUCUGCUCACCAAAACAUUGUGCUCCACUUCAUGUAAGACAUUGUUGUAUUCAAAGGGAAUACAUUUGACAUUACAGUAAUUUUUAUUAUAUGUUAUACAAGUUUUAAAAAAUGCAUACAUUUCAUGAAAAUAUUAGGACAGCUGCUAAUUGAAUUGUUUUCUGUUUAAAAUGGAUUUGAAAUAUAGUGAGAAUGCCACACGAGUGAUCUUUAACCAUGUAUGCAAGUGAAUGGUGAUGUCACUACUAUAAAAAUGAAGGUGAUAUAUGUUGUAUCAUAUACCAAUUUUAACAUUAAAAUUAGCUAUAUAUAUAUAUAUAUAUAAAAUUUAAGUUGCAGAACCAGUACAUUUAUUUAUUGAAUGAUUAUAUUUAAAUCAGGCUGAAAACCAUUACUAUAGAAACUUACAUCUUCUUAAGGAAUAAUUGCUAAUUAAAUGUUGUGUUUAUAUAAAAGAAGAUUGAGCAUAUGUUUUAUGUAAUACCGUGAGAAAGGUACUUUUAUAGUUUGGCUCAAAAUCAUGGCUGUUCAUCUACACAUAAAGAGAAAUUCUUACUAAGAAAAAGACUAUAUUUGAGAGAAGAACAAAUGGUAGAAUUACUUUGCUUAAAAUAUAUUCUGUAGAUAAUUAACAUAUAGCCAGAAUCAGAUGUAAUUGGAUAUUAAGAAAUAUGGUUAGAUUUUGAAGUGCUUCUGUUUGUUUUGCUCUUUAAUACUAUUUGAUUUGUUAACUAAUACAAAUCAAAAUUAUGAAUAAUGUUUAUUAACUGUUAAUAACUUUAAUGAUGAAGUCAUCAAAAAUCACUUACUUUCAAAAUUACAAUUUGGAUGUGUUUGUUUCUUGUCAUCCUAAAAUUUCAAUAAAAUAAAAAGUGAGAAAAACAUCAUAUUAAUUUAAAACAGCCUAAAUGUAUAGAAAGCAUGAUGAAAUACAAAAACUAAAGACAAUUUGCUUUUGCUUAUAAUGACAGUCAAUAGUAGAAUCCAUCCCAUUUCCUACAUGUACUUAACGAAAGAAUAUUCAGUCGUGUUAUGUAUUGUAGAUUAGGUAAUUAGCCCUUGUACAAGUAAUUCAGAAGUAUUAAAGUGUUGAAACUUAAAUUUUAAAUUAACCAAAAAUACUAAUUAAAAACUAUAUAUUCUCCUGUUAAUUAUAUAUAU